CGUGCGCACCGACCACGUCAGAUUCUUAUAAUGCUCACUGUACUCCGGCUAUUCGACCACCAUGGCGACUAUCCUAUUAGCUAUUCUAUUAGUUUUCCUAGCGGUUAUAGUCUUGCUUAUGGGAUUUGGGUUUUUGUUCACUCUCUAUGCUUGUAUAGCCGAAGCAUUGGUUGAUGCACUAGCGGUGGAAAGGCCUAGCCGUGAAAACAAAAGCAUGUCUAAAGAUGAGAUAGAGAAGCUUCCCCAGUAUGACUAUGUAGCCAAAGCAACAACAACAAGUACUAGUACUAGUGACUUAGUAGCUGAUCAGUGUGCAAUUUGCCUAGAGACCUUUAAGAUGGGUGAAAAGUGUAGAUUAUUGCCCUCUUGUAAUCCCAGUUUUCAUGCUCAUUGUGUGGAUGAAUGGCUCCUGCAAACACCCAUUUAUCCAAUCUGUCGAACCUCUGUAGAUUCUCAGUGAGGAGAGGAGAUGAAAAUAGAAGCCGUAGAUCACGAAGCAGAAAUCUGGGGAGAGACAGAUAGUAGUACAAGGUAACCAAUCCACCGAAUUGAGAGAUAUUCAAACACAGGAAAGUAUAGAGCUUAGUAUUAUAGUUGAAUGAAAUGGAAUACAAAUAAGU